AUGUUAGGAGAAGAAGGAAAAGAGAAACCUUCCCCUAUCAGGAGAACCUAUUCACGUUCAGUUUCAUGGACAGAUCGUUCUCCGAAUAGCCGUAAACCGCCACCUGGAAAUAGUAAACCAAGACCACUUUUACCACCUCUUCAACCUCUCUCAAUCAACAAACGUAGCGUUGAAGAAUGGCCAAGUGCUGGAUCUGAUGAUCUUGGUGUUUGGCCUCUUCCACAAACUCCAAGAGGUUCUAUUACAAUCAAUGAACCUACCAAAGAUUUUCAGUUCAAAAGGGAUAAGUUAGCUUUCUUUGACAAAGAGUGUUCAAGAAUUGCAGAACAUAUUUACUUAGGAAGUGACACGGUUGCUAAAAACCAUGAACUUCUUAGACAGAAAGGAAUAACACAUGUGCUUAAUUGUGUUGGAUUUGUUUGUCCUGAGUAUUUCAAAAGUGAUUUUGUUUAUAAAACACUUUGGUUGCAGGAUAGUCCAACAGAGGAUAUAACAUGUAUUCUCUAUGAUGUGUUUGAUUACUUUGAGGAUGUUAGAGAACAAGGCGGUCGCGUUCUUGUUCAUUGUUGUCAAGGGGUUUCUCGAUCGACCGCUUUGGUGAUUGCUUAUCUCAUGUGGAGGAAAGGACAAAGCUUUGAAGAUGCUUUUCAGUUUGUGAAAACUGCUAGAGGAGUCACAAAUCCAAACAUGGGUUUUGCUUGUCAACUCUUGCAGUGUCAGAAACGUGUACAUGCUAUGCCUGCAAGUCCUAGUUCUAUUCUAAGGAUGUAUCGAAUGGCUCCUCACUCUCCUUAUGAUCCUCUUCAUCUUGUUCCUAAGAUGGUUAACCAACCAGGUUCAUUAGCACUUGAUUCUCGCGGUGCUUUCAUUGUUCAUGUUCCUUCUGCUAUUUAUGUGUGGAUUGGGAAAAAUUGUAACUUGUUUAUGUCAUGCAAUGCAAAGAGUGCUGCUUUUCAGGUUGUGCGUUACGAGGGAGUAAAGGGUCCAAUUCUGAGCAUCCAUGAAGAUCAAGAAUCACCCGAGUUUUGGGUUGCUCUUUCUGACGAGCAGCGUUUAUCAGAUGAUUCUGAUAAACAACUGGUGUUGUCUUCUGAAAAGAUGGAGAUUGCUAGUCUAAGGAAAGUUGAUGCUUAUGAUUUGGAUUUUGAGAUUUUUCACAAGGCAGUGUCUGGUGGGGUUGUUCCGCCUUUUUCUGUAGCUAAUGCUGGAUCAGAAACUUGUCUUCCUGCUAAAGAACAUGGUUGGGCAAGAUUGAGGAAGAAAUUUGCCAGUGGUGACAUGAAAGAAAUCUUAACCUCCCCUAAGUGGAAGUGUGAUGUGAUUAUGGAGGAAGAAAAACAAGAUUUUGUAGAUGAUGAUGAUCCUUUGUCAGCUUCACCGUCAUCAAAUCAUCCCAGUGACUGUGGUUCCCCGGAUUCCUUUGAAUGUUAUCCAACCAGCUUAGGCAAAGCAAAAGAUACUGUUGAAGACAUGGACUUGUCUGAUCAUGGUGUUGCUUCUUUGCUGCCACUAUCUCCUUCUUUUCCUUGUUUUCUAAGCAGCAGCCCAAAAUUCAAUUACAAGUCGCCAACACUUUCACCUUCAAGUUCUGAUUAUGCAAGUUCAUUUACAUUUUCACCUUCCUCUACCAAUUGGUCAGACCUGUCAUUCAUGUCUUCUCGGCAGCCAUCCCCAUCUGGCCACGAAUCAGUUGAACCAUUUUAUGUUAAAGAUGUGUCUUUCUCAACAAAUUCCUCUUUACUUAACAGAGAAGUUCUCUCUUUGCCGUCAGAGUCAUUUUCAACUGAUCACACCUUGGGAGGGGAAAACUCCUAUUUGCCAUCGAAAGGAUCUUUUCUCUCUAUUGCAGCACGAAGAGGGAGUCAUAUACCACCUCCGAUGUUGCUAACCUCUGUCAAUGAAUCCUCUAAAGUUCGUAAGAACCUGGUAAGAUCACAGUCAUUCCCUUUGCCUGAUUUAGAUGUUAAUGUGAUGAAAGAUGGUAGUUGCAAUAAAUCUGAUAAUGAAAACAGUGGGAAAUGGCUAAUAGCAGAUGAUGCUAUCAUUAGUUCAGGUGCUGAACAACAGAAUGAGAUUAAUAAUAAAGAGGAUCAUGGUAUCAUGUUGUGUAACAUGAUGGCUGAGCUUGAAGUACUGGAGAAAGUGAAUGAGAUCAGUUGAGCCAGAAUUGGCUAAUUUUUAUAUGUAAAUUUGGACUCAUGCUCAGACUCUAUUCAGUGCAUGCCCAAUAAAGAUUCUGUGUGCUGUGCACUGAUUCUGUUGGAAGUACAAAACAAUAUAUAAUAUAUAAACAAAUAUUAAAUUUAAGUGGAGAGCCUAUAUUUCUUUUGAUUUUAUACUGUUUCAUCUGUUUUCCUAUUCUUGUUGUUCAUUCAUCAAUCCAGCAUGAAGAUCUUGCUAGUAAUGAUGAGACAAAGUUAAACAUCAAUUCAUCAAGCACUAAUAUUGAAUUUUAUGUAUUAUACAAGCAACUUAUGAAGGAAACGAUAGCAGAACUAGGUUGUAUAAAGAUCCAGUUUUGCAAAAUGUUAAUAUCAAUCUGUUACUGAUCACUGUUUACAUUGAUAAACAAAAUGAAGUUUCAGUUUGAUUGAUUGGAACAAUUGGUUUAUUUUAACAUGCUUGGUCUGAGGCACAGUCAACUAUUAGUUUGUCUAACUGAAAUGCGUUAUAUGUAUAAAUACGGUAGACAAACUAAAUAUACACAAUAUUAACAGCAAUAAAUUAUGUGCCACUAAAGAAGCGACUGUGUCCAAAUUUUGUCUAGCAAUUGAUUUGAUUUUUUGCUUCAUUUUCAGGAGGAAUGCACCUACUAACACCAAAAGCUGGACUAAGAAUAAGCCCCCGAGUAUUUUUCCCACUAGCAUACUGAAAUCAGGACAUGUAGCUUGCAUUACAGAUGGAAAUAUGGGUGAUUUGUUCAUAUAUAUAUAUACCCCCAAAAAACAUGUAAUACUAAUCCGCGGAAACGGGACAUGCAGUAAACAAGGAUCAGGUGUAUGAUUAUUUCUUAAAGCCAUUCUGCGACCUUAAAAGUGCCAUUGUGGGACCAAGUGCGCUGCAUCUCGCUCUCUGAGACCAUGGCCUAUUGCCUGAAGUGUCAUCUUUCUUCCAGCGAUCCUCCUGUGCCAGCCUGGCCUUCUUUGCUUUUAAUGCCUCGUUGAUUUCCUCCCAAACGUUGACUUCUCCAUUUUCUGUAUAUAGAGAAUCAACAUAUGUAAGUGUAGUGCAGGUGCAUCAAGAUGCUUUCAUAUUUAUAUACAAUAAACCGUGUAUUUUAAGAAUCAUAAAA